UCUUCUCUCCUCCCCCUCUUCUCUCUCUCUCUUUCCCUUCCUUACACAUUCUUCUCAGUUUGAUUACACUGGAAACCCUUUGCUGCCAGACACUGGUUGUCAAUUAGCAUCAUGGGUUUAACACCGAAGUGCGAUCUCACCAAUGAGAAUGCGCAGUAUCCCUACUGUGCCAGUCCCCCCGCCGCCAUCAUCUUCUCCGUCCUCUUUGGAGUGACAUUCGUGGGCCACUUUGCGCUGGCCAUUCUCUACCGUAAGAAAUUCUGCUGGGUGAUUAUCGUCGGCAGUGGUUGGGAAUGUCUGGGUUUGAUCAUGCGCGCCUACUCGACGCUGGACCAAACCAAGUCGUCUACCCUCGCUGCUGCACAAUUGCUCGUCUUGCUCGCCCCGCUGUGGAUUAACGCAUUCGUGUACAUGAUUUUCGGCCGGAUGGUCUACUAUUACGCCCCAAACAAGAAGAUCAAGGGCAUCAAAGCCGAGAGCAUGGCCAAGAUAUUCAUCUGGCUCGAUAUAACCGCCUUUAUUAUCCAAGGUACCGGUGGUAUUCUGGACUCCGACGGCUUCGGCGAGAAGUUGAAUCGAACCGGCAUGAACAUUUACACGGCCGGUAUCGCCAUCCAGGAGUUCUUCAUCCUCUGUUUCUGUGCUCUGUUGAUCGUGUUCCAUAAGCGCAUGCUGUCGGGAUACCGUAAUAUCGAGCGCGGAAAUGGAUGGAAACUGAUGGUGUAUGGCAUGUAUGUGACAUUGCUAUGCUUGACGACUCGUAUCGUCUACCGUCUUAUCGAGUUUGCCAACCCGAACCAGGCGGGUAAGACCGUGUUGAGCACCAAGGAGGCCCCGUUUUACAUCCUUGAAUGUGUCCCCAUCUUCAUCGGCAUGAUGCUCUGGAAUGUCUUGCACCCGGGCCGGAUGAUGCCGGGUCCCGAUAGCGAGUUCCCCAAGCUGUCGCGCUCGGAGAAGAAGCAGAUGAAGCGGGAGGCGAAAGAGGCGAAGAAGCAGGAGAAACGAGUGGGUUUUAGUCAGAAGUAUACCGCUGUCAACGACUCGGAAUACACACUUACGCGCCCCAGUGGUGAGGAGCAUGAGGCUGGCUACGGCGGUGGACGUUGGCCCUUGAACGAGGUGGAGUCGGGACGAGGAGGUUAUGGUGGUCGUGAGUAUGGAUAUGUUCGUUGAAGAUGGGUUAGGAUUGGAAUGAGGCUGCGUGGUAUGGGGAAAAAGGCUGGACCUGGCUGUUUUUUGAAGUAUUUUCCUUUUUAUUUUUAUUUAUUGUUCCUUUCCUUUGUCUUUAGAACUUCAAAUCUCUAUUAUGUUGUGCACUAGUUGAUGGAUAUCAACAUAUAUCUGGGUUACAUAUAUACACCAUGGAUAACGAAUGUGAUGCUUCUAUAAAGAUCAAGAA